AUGGCCUCGGAUAACGGUCCCAUCGCGACCGAAGCCCCUCUUCUGGCAGCGACGACGCCUGUCGCAUCAGACGUUUUCGCGCUUGGAGGAGAUCCCACUCGCACCAAGUCACUCAAGAGGGCGCGCGAAUCCACACCAACAUCACCAACGUCCGUCAUUGACCCCCCAGUCGACGGCGCUGUCCCAGCCGCUAUCUCCUCUGCCGACUAUCCCUCUCCCACGAAAUCCGCUCGGUUUGCCUUGGCCUCUUCGCGCCGCUCGCCGACGCCCUUGACAGCUGCGGCCGCCCUCGAGCAUCUCGAAGAAGAGCGCAAGCGCGAACAGCGCCUGAACCCGCCUGCGUCAAGCGACAACCCCGGCCAUUCUGUUCUUUCUGUCCUUGCCGGCAGUGUUGCUGCCAUGAGUCGAGCCGACGACGCGCCACAAGCUCCCACGGCUUCCAUGGAAGCCUCUACAAAGGCGCCGGAGGCUGUGGCAUUGCCACAGCCCAGCAAUGCGCCGGCGGAAGCUUCGGAAGCCGGCCCCCAGGGCGUGACGAACUCGGCCAGCAUAGCAAGCGCCCUUAUGACGACUAGCCCGGGCCCAAUGGAUGUUGAUUCCAAGAGCAACGAGCAAAAUCAGCAACAACAGCAGCAGCAGUCACAACAACAGCCCCAGGCCCAGCUCCAGCAUCAACCCGAGAACCAAGUUGAGCACCAGCCAGAGCUCCAGCAUGACCAUCAAUCUGAGCAUCAGUCGGAGCAUCAGCCCCAGCAUCAGCCGCCGCACCCGACUCCGGUUCAUGACGACAAGAACACGCCCGGAUCACUGUCAUACCCAGGAUCGCUUCAAGCCGCUACUAUGAUGCCCGCACCCCCAGCACGCGGCAUGAGCUUCCCCAUGCCGUCCCCAGGGCACGAUUCCCCUACACAGUCGGGCAAGAAGCACAAAUGCCCGUUCUGCGAGACCGAGUUCACGCGUCAUCACAAUCUCAAGAGCCAUCUGCUCACGCAUAGCCAGGAGAAGCCAUACAUAUGCCAAGAGUGCAAUAUGCGAUUCCGGCGCCUUCAUGACUUGAAACGCCACAGCAAACUCCACACCGGUGAGAAGCCUCAUGUGUGCCCCAAGUGCGAUCGUAAAUUUGCUAGGGGCGAUGCGCUGGCCCGACACAGCAAAGGUGCUGGUGGUUGUGCCGGCCGCCGGUCUAGCAUGGGUAGCUUUGCCGAGACGGAUGAUAUGGAUGGCACGAGCAUGCACGACGGCGAUGACUCCAUGGCCGGCAUAGUUUAUGGGAACGAGGAAGAUAUGACAGAAGAGGAGAGACGUCUGAGCCUGCCGAGCAUCAAGGCUCAGCAUGUCGCGGGUGGACAAGGCAGCAUCGACGGAUACAAUGCCCAUUCCAGGACGUACCCGCCUGCAGGCCCUAGACCUGGAACAGGCGGGCUCUACCCGCCGAACGUGGAUCGAGGCGUGGCUAGUUCAAACACGUCUCCGAGCAUGCCCAACAGCAUUGCUGGAGCUCACACGCCCAACACAAGCGUGUCUUCGGUGCCCGUGAGCGGCGCUUCUGUCUACUCGCAAAGUGGCAUGACAGAAAGUCCAAAGCCCCUGAGCCCUGGACACGACACAAACAACAUUGCGAGACAGCGCUCGCCAAGCCUCACCCAGCAGUUCCAGCAGCAACACUAUGGCCCUUUUGCUGCUCCUACAACACAAGCUGGUGCAGCCCUGACUGCCGUCGCUCACAACCGUGGCUCAAGCGGAACGCAACCCGUGAGUGGGGCCGAAAACGGUGGCAACAUGUUUGCUACUGACCCCGGUGUUUGGGCGUACAUCCAGAGCCUCGAGGACAAGGUCAAGCAGCUAUCUGACAAGGUCACGGCAUUUGAGAAAGCGGAAAGCGCGAAGCAGGCACAAAUCGGACUGCUCACCAGUGAAGUCACUGGGUUGAAGAAACAGCUCGAGGCCCGCGACGCCGAAACGACAGAAGUCAAAGCAUGA